CCUUCCCACCCAAUCAUGGCUUCAGCAGGUCUCCAGAUCUUGGGCAUGGCGCUCUCGGUGGUGGGCUGGCUGGGCUCCAUCAUCUCCUGCGCCCUGCCCAUGUGGAAGGUGACGGCCUUCAUCGGCAACAACAUUGUGGUGGCGCAGAUCAUCUGGGAGGGGCUGUGGAUGAACUGCAUCGUGCAGAGCACGGGCCAGAUGCAGUGUAAGGUCUAUGACUCUAUGCUGGCGCUGCCCCAGGACCUGCAGGCCGCCCGCGCCCUCAUGGUCAUCUCGGUGCUGCUGGCCGUGCUGGCCUUGCUGGUGAGCGUGGUGGGCGCCAAGUGCACCAACUGCGUGGAGGACGAAGGGACCAAGGCGCGGAUCAUGAUCGUCUCUGGCGCCGUCUUUGUGGUCGCCGGCAUCCUCUGCCUCAUCCCCGUGUGCUGGUCAGCCAACACCAUCAUCCGGGACUUCUACAACCCGCUGAUGUCUGAAGCCCAGAAGCGGGAGCUGGGGGCUUCCCUCUACAUCGGCUGGGCUGCUGCAGCCCUGCUGGUUCUGGGGGGCAGCCUCCUCUGCUGCACGUGUCCCAAGAGGAACACCAACUACAGCGCCCGUUACACCGCCGCCGUCUCGCAGCCCCGCAGCGACUACCCCAGCAAGAACUACGUCUGAGGGGCAGGCAGCCUGGGGCCUCUCGGCGGGCAGGGCCCCAUCUCCACAUGAGACCCCCGGGUGCAAAGCUAGCCGGUCAGUGCUGGGAAUCCAUCGGCAGCCUGGAGGGAAUACAGAAGCUAAGCUGCAGACUCAUGGUAUCUGCCAUUGGUGGCGGCUUCAUCUUGGCUUCUGGACCCCAUCACGCUGCAAUGGUCCUCAGCCCACAUGGUCCAUUCAUGUCCUGCCAUCUUCCGACCCUUCUCCCCUCGGAUGUGUCAGCUCACACCCCAGCCUGGCUCCUCUCCAGUCCCGUUAUCCCCUCCCUAGGCUACAGCCCAGAACGGCCCCUGAUGCCACCCAACUCGAGGUCCUGCCCCGUUGAAGUGCUGAUUGCUGAAAAUUAGAGAGUUAUCUGGGGGGGGAGGUCAAGUAGAGCACCCCAAGCCUAGCCCCUCUCUAGAGGAGAGUGGGAGUUGGGUCGCCUCGUUUUAACCUUUGCAUGUGUCCUACAUAGUCCUUAGAUAUUUUUCACAGCAUCUGCUUGGUUUUUAUAUAUGAUGAAUAAAAUAUCUGGGUUUUUUGUA